AAUGACUCCUAUGAAUCAUAAAACAGUACUAUCCGUUAAGUUCAAACAACUGCAAUAUAUGACUUAUGAUACUGAGGAAGAUCGGUCACCAUCAUCUAGCAGCAGUGAUCAACUUGUGACUGCUAAUACCCUUGGGGAUGUAUCAAGAAAAUCUCAAGAUGAAAAUUAUAAUAAUCAUGAAAUUUCAGAUGUGGAUUCUGACCUAACCAACAAAGUUAAUAGAACACAGAGUGAUUCACAAAAUAUUUGUCAAUGGUGUGGCAAAUCUUUUGCCACUGUCAGUAAACUUGUCAAGCACAAGAUGCUUCACACAAAGGAGAAAACAUUUGUGUGUUCUGAAUGUGAGAAAUGUUUUUCACAUCAGUCAGCUCUUGAAAAGCACCAGAGAAUUCAUACUGGUGUAAAACCAUUUGCAUGUUCUGAGUGUGACAAAUGUUUUACCCAGAGUGGACAUCUUGCUUCGCAUAAAAGACAUCACACAGGAGAGAAGCCAUAUGUUUGCACUGAAUGUGGAAGGUGUUUUGCAAGGAACACACAUUUGGUUGGACACCAGAGGGUUCACACUGGUGUUAAGCCAUUUAAUUGUUCUGAAUGUGGGAAAAGUUUUAGUAUGAAAGGUAGUCUGGAUACUCAUUGCAGACGCCACACAGGAGAGAAACCAUUUGUGUGUUAUGAGUGUGGAAAAGCUUAUAUUAGUAGUUCUGCACUUAGAACACAUAAAAACAUGCAUAUAAAAAUUAAAAGAUUUACAUGUACCGAGUGUCAUAAAGGUUAUUCAUCUAAAGUACCUUUUAUUAAACAUCAGAAAUCCCAUACUGGAUUAAAACAUUAAAGAGU